AUGAGAAUCCAAACUGUGCUCCUGGGCUGCGCCAUUCUGGCCACUUGCUGGCUUCCAUACAGCGAGGGUGAUGAUUCCACAACAACGGCAACAUCUUCCGAUACGACAACAACGGCAACAUCUUCCGAUACGACAACAACGGCAACAUCUUCCGAUACGACCACAGUGGCAUCGGCCACUUCUGAUACGACCACAGCGGCUAGCUCGUCUGACACAACAACAACCUCCAGCAGCAGCUCAAGCACAAGCUCCAGCUCCAGCUCCAGCUGCGCGAAAGCUUUGAAACGGCUCAGGCGCCAGAUCCGGCGUCUGAAAAGGCAAGAGCGCCAGAGGGCCGCAAGGAGAAAGGAAUUGGCCGCCAUACGUCGAGCUGCCAGAGGGCGUAGAGUUGUGCGCGUACCCAGGAACUCGACCAGGGCCGCAAACAGGAGAAGGGUCGUCAACACGAACAGGACCGGCAACAGGAUCGUCACCAGGAGCACGGUCGCCAACAGGAACAGGCGUCGUACGGGCUAA